AGAGGCGUCAGUGAGAGGAGGAUCCUGAGCGGGGCGCUCACACUGCAGGUAGCACUCACACCCCUCUCCUCAAUGUGUAGGAUGGAGCACUUCAAUAAAGACGGCCAUGGAGCGCUCCUUGAAGUAGACAGAGUGGUGACAACUCAGAAUGAUCCAAAUACUGGAACCACGUUCUCUUCCACGAACUAUCAUGCCAGUCGAUGUUGCUGUUAGGAUAUGCUUGGCGCAUUCCCCUCCGUUAAAGAAGUUUCUCAGCCCCUAUGAUGACUGCAGGGGAAGAAAUCUUGUGAAUCGAUUCAAGCCGUUGAGGCCAUGUCUUUCUUUGAAGAAGGAAUCUGAAUCCAGGAACAAUGAGAGGAACCGAUCCAAAUCCCGAGCUAAAAAGAAAGUCAUCUUUGCUGAUUCUAAAGGACUGUCCUUGACAUCGGUACACGUGUUUUCAGAGUUUAAAGACGAACCUGCUGUCGAGCUCCAGUUCGAUCUGGUGGAUCUUGAAGAUAUCACUGCUAGCCUAAAAUUGCAUGAAGAAAAGAAUUUGAUCUUGGGAUUCACCCAGCCGUCGGCUGACUACCUACAGUUCCGCAAUAAAAUCCAAAAGAACUUUGUAUGUCUGGAGAAUUGCAGCCUUCAAGAGAGGUCCAUUGCUGGCACCAUCAAAGUUAAAAAUUUCAGCUUCGAAAAAACAGUCAAGGUGCGAAUAACCUUCAACACCUGGAAAACCCACACAGAUGUUGACUGCGUUUACAUGAACAAUAUGUAUGGAGGCACGGACACUGACACCUUCUCCUUUGCCGUAGACCUGCCUCCUAACAUUCCCAGUCAUGAGAAAAUUGAGUUUUGCCUAUCCUACGAGAGUGAAGGGCAGAUAUUCUGGGACAAUAAUGAUGGACAGAACUACAAUAUAAUUCGUGCAGAGUGGAAAUCAGAUGGGGUACACACCAACACCUUAACUAAAACAGACAUAACCUCUUACAAAUCCCAAACCUUCAAGCCAGAAAAUGACUUAGAUCAGUUUGGAACCCCUAAAACAUCCCUCGGUUUAUUUCCCGAAUGGCAGAGUUGGGGUAGAAUAGGGAACACCUCUCCAUACUGGUGAACAUAAUUCAUGGCCUCAUUGCUUUUUAUCAUUAAAAGGAUUUAAAUGUCUUUGAGAACGAAAAGCACAUUAUAGACAAAUCCCGCGUUAUGUAACAAAGUCAGGGCAGAACAAUUAACUGAGACGACAAGCUUUGUCGUUAAGCAAAUUGUUAAAGUUCAAAGCACCUUUAAAUCCCUGAUCAGCCUUAGAGUAGUUGUCACUCUCUGCCAACCACAGCCUUCAUAGAAUCAUGUCUAGUGGUUAAGAAAACGUGUUGGGGUGGAGUAACCAGGUUUUUGAACGUUGAGGUGUUCUAAUAUAGGCUGGCUAAACAUAAGACUCCUGAGAUGACGAGAGGUUAAUGUGUAUUCACAAAAUGCGGGUAGGUCAUGAAGUUAGUGUUCAACCAAAGGGACCCUUUGUCCAAUUGUUUGAGGUUAGGUUUCAAAAACUAGCUCUUCACAAUUAUAAAUUGAUUUGGAAGUGGAUUUUAGCUUAAAGGGAACCUGUCAUCAACUUUAUGCUGCCCAUACUAACAGCAGAAUAAAGUAGAGACAGGUGAGUUGAUUUCAGC